CUUUGGCGCGUAGUACGAAUUAACACGCCCAGGCUCAGCAGCAAAACACAACGCACGUGAAGCACUCUUUCCUAUACCCAUUUUGCGUGGGAAAACCUGCGUCCUCCGUGAACGUGGCCCCUAUGUAAAAGCAGCAGUAGACUUUACAUACUAGCAUAGCGUAGCGUACGCUUUUCCCCUCAGUACGUAGCGUCCAUUGACCAUCCUCGCUGUACUUGAGCAUCUAUUCUUACCACAUAGUCUCCCUAAGUCACAUAGCGGGAACGCGAUUUCCAAAAUGCUAUCCUCCAUCCCCGUCAUCGGGCGCCUGCGCAUCGCAGACUAUCUCCGUCUGUGCAUCGCCGUCUGCGUGCUGGUAUUCGAGCCCAUCCUCCGUUUCAUCUUUGGCAUCUUCUGGCCCUUGCGCUACAUCGUCGACGGGAUUCGCAAGGUCUUCCCAUCGACACUGCUCACAGGCAAACCGCACGAUGAGGGCGUGAACGGUGUGGAUGGCGUCAAUGGCGACGGACCCGAGGGGAUACAGCAGGCGGAGAAGAUUUUGGAGGGGUUUUCUUCGUCUGAGGAGUUUGUUAGAUUCUGGGGCUUCCCAUUCCAACACCACUACGUAACCACAAAAGAUGGCUACAUCCUCGCCCUCCACCGCAUCCCCUACUCCCGCGCUGAGCACGAAACCAAGAAGAAGCAAAAAGCCGCUAACCGCCGCCUCGGCCUCCGCAGCACCGGGUCCCACCCGGAAGGCAACCGCCCCGUCGUUCUUCUCUGGCACGGCUUCCUUAUGUGCUCCGAGGUGUGGAUAUGCACGCCGGAUCCGAAGCUGUCGUUGGCGUUCACGUUGGCGGAGGCCGGGUAUGAUGUGUGGAUGGGCAAUACGAGGGGGAAUAAGUAUAGCUGCAAGCAUCGGUAUUUGAAACCGACUGAGGAGGCGUUUUGGGAUUUUUCGAUGGAUCAUUUGGCGUUGUAUGACUUGCCGGAUGCCGUUGAUUAUAUUUUGAAAGUCACUGGCGUUCCGUCUCUUUCAUACGUCGGUUUCUCGCAGGGCAGCGGACAAGGCUUCUCGUCCUUGUCGAUCAAUCCAAGACUGAACAAACGCGUCAACCUUUUUGUGGCUCUGGCACCCGCUGCCAAACCAAUGGGGCUCGAAAACAAAACCCUCGGAACAAUGUUGAAAAUCUCGCCAGAAGUCGUGUUCCUCCUCUUCGGCCGCAAGUCGUUGCUCUCAGUGACGCCGUUCUGGCAGAGUAUCUUAUCCCCAUUGAGCUUCGCCUGGACGAUCGACAUUGCGUGUAACUUCUUGUUCAGAUGGAAGGCGGAGAUGAUUGACCAUAAGAAUGUGGUUUAUCAGCAUCUUUACUCUUACACUUCGGUGAAAUGUGUGGUCCACUGGUUCCAAAUCAUCCGCAAUGGGCGCUUCCAAAUGUACGACGAAAGCCCCACCAUGCUGCCCAACUCGCAAUCCGGCCACGUCGUGCCCAAAUUCCCCACCGAACACAUCCAGACCCCCAUCGCGCUCUUUUACGGCGGGAAAGAUACCCUAGCCGACAUGACCUGGCUGUUGCAGGAGACGGCUACCCCCGUCUACUGCCUCAAAGUAGACGAAUACGAGCACAUCUGUUUCUUAUGGGCUCGAGGUCUGGACAAGACAGUGUACCCCGCGAUCCUCGGCCUCCUCCACGAAUACGCCGAAACCUGGGGCGACCCCUCCUCAACCACCGUCAGCGUCGAACCCACAAAAGUCGCAACAGUGCCCUGGAUCUCCGAAAACCAGAUCCGAUCCCUGUUGGAAAUCGGACAGGGCCACAUGGACGAAACGGGCCAGAAAAUCGUCCUGGACGGCCGGAUCUCCGCCCAACGCAUGCUCGUCGCUGCGUCACGACCUGUGACGCGGAUGGGCACGCUCCAGGACGGCCUCGGGCUGGACGCGACACCCUCCAACGUCGUCGAACAGGAAGAGGAGGCGCGAGCCAUCCAAACAGCCCUGUUAAUGGCCCUCAAAAACGAUAAAUCACAAACUAACCUCGCGCCUUUAGUCACCGACAGCGGCAAGGGAGGCGGCCGACACCCCGUCACCCGCCGCCGGACCUCGGCAGCCAUAACCGUAAACACGGCAUCAACGUCCAUCCCGACCGCCCCGCCACCCAAACGUGCCAUCUCGGGCCCGGCGGCCGUCCCCGUGGAGACGCCGUUGACGAGACCGUGGAGUGAUGCAUCGCCGGUUUUGAGCGAGUCGGAGGAUGAGGAUGGGGAGGAGGGGGAGGAGUAUGAUGGGCGGAGUGACGGGACUGUUACGCCCACUAUUGGGAAUGGGGGGAGUAUGGAUAGUUUUCGGAGGAGGAAGAGGUAGGGGGACGGGAGAGGAGGGGACUGCGGUGGAAUGGGGGGAGAUGGAGGCAUGUCUUGGGCGGAGAGAGCAUGUAUUUUAGAUUUCUGAAUUCUGAAUUCGGCCUCCUGAAGCGCAUGUUCAUGUGGGGAGGAACGCAGGUCGAUCGUUAUGGCCACUGCUUACAUACUUAAAGCGCGUGAAGUUGACAGAAGGGUACACCGCAUUCCCUGAUGUACCCAGUAUAUUUUGCUCAGG